AUGGCCGAUUCGCAACCUCCGUCCAACGGGUCAGAGCAGCCUGUACCUCCACCUUCAGCUGUCCCCGACUCGACAGACGCGACCGACGCAACCGUCAAACCUGAACCUGAUCUAGACGCCUCUAUCGAGCAAGAUAUCGAUAUGAACGCCGACCCUGCCGCUGGAGGCGAAGCGGCCGGCCUUGACCCCAUCGCCCCCGCGCAGCCGCCAUCUAAGAAAGAGACGAGCUUACGUGAGUUCUUGAGCAAGAUGGAUGACUACGCGCCUAUCAUUCCCGACGCUGUCACAGCCCACUACCUCACCGUGGCUGGUCUGCCACCUCCAGGCACUGGCCCCAACCAAACCCCUCCCCAUCUCGCCCGUCUCCUUGCGCUUGCCGCCCAGAAGUUCAUUUCCGAUAUCGCAGCAGACUCGUAUCAAUUCGCGCGUAUCCGCGCCUCGAACAGCUCCUCCGCAAACAACCCCAUGGGUAGUCUCAACGCUGCAUCUGGUCUCGGGGUCCCAGGAGCCGCGCCUGGCCCAGGCGGCGUCGCGGGGGGCGAUGGCAAGGGCGCCAAAGGGAACACCCAUCUCGGCAUCCAGCGACCUGGCUUCGGUGGUGGUGGCUCCGGCGGAUCAGGCCAGGGCCGUACGGUGCUAACGAUGGAGGAUCUGGGCAUGGCUGUCUCUGAGUAUGGGGUUACUGUUAAGCGCGGGGAGUUCUAUCGGUAA